AUGAACGAUUCCAAUAGUCUCGAUUAUUAUAAAAUCGUAGGAGUAUCAAAUCAAGCAGAUAGUAAUGAAAUCAGAACUGCAUACCGAAAAGCGUCAUUAAAAGUUCAUCCAGAUAGAAAUCCAGAUGAUCCACUCGCAGCCGAAAAGUUUCUUAAAUUAAAAAUCGCACUUGAGAUUUUAUUAGAUCCAAUCAAAAGAUCAGAAUUAGAUUUGAAACUUUCAAUUCAAUCAUCUAAAGCAAAAAGAGAUGAAAAAUUAAAUUCGAAACGAAAGACGAUGUUAAAAGAUUUAGAAGAACGUGAAAGGAGUUUUCAGAAAGAUGAAAGUGAGAUGAGGAACAAGAAGAUGAAAUUAGAUGAAUUGAAACUUGCUGGAGCAAGAUUAAGGAAAGAGAAAGAAGAACAAUUGAGACGAAGUGAGGUAUCCGAUUCGAAAUCUAAUCAACCUGAAUUCAACGCCUCAACGUCUACAGCAAAACCAACAACAUCCACCUCCAACCCAACAUCCCAACCAACCACGACAGCAACCAUACCAUCUGAUCUUGAUCCACUCAAUUACACAUUAAAAUUGAAAUGGAAUACAAAACAUUUACCUAAGAUCAAUACAACCGAAACAUUACAAUCAUUCAUUCUUUCUACAACAACACUUUCUUCAAACGAAAUUGAAUCUAUCCUUAUGAAACCUAUUGAUCCUUCAAGACCCGAAAAUUUAAAUAAAGAUAUCAAACUUACUGCUUUGGUUUCAUUUAAAAAUUUGGAAAGUUUUGAAACCUUUUCGGAAGUUGGUUCAAAAGAUGAUAGGUGGAAGAAGUUUAAGAUGACCAAAAUUUCGGAUUUGAUCGAUAAAGGAUCAUAA